AUGAAGAAAUGUCUCUUACUGGCGACAGCCACUGCGCUCGCGGCAGCAUUGCCUUCUCCUGAUUUCGAUACCAUCGAUCUUCUCAACGUAACAGAGUCCGAGUUUGAUUAUGGUGACCUUCUAUCUCGAGCUCGAGGACCAUGGAAUGGCCCAGUCAUGGACAUUUCGUUCCCCGAUCCGACGCUCUUCAUUGAUGGCAAUGUUUGGUGGGCUUAUUCGACAUCAAGCGACAACAAUGGGCACGUUCCCCUAGCGGCGUCUAAUGAUGGCAAAAAAUGGACGUGGGCAAAGAUGGACGCGAUGCCCGACGUGGGCCCCUGGGUUGAUCCCCAAAACCGAGGUAUCUGGGCCCCGAGUGUCUUCAAGAACGACAACGGCAAGUACGUUAUGUACUUCUCCGGCCAACGUACUGGUGCCCGCCGAUGCGCCGGUGUUGCUACUGCGGAAUAUGCCCAAGGUCCUUUCAUAGUUACGGAUAAGCCCUUGAUCUGCGACGAUGCUGGCGGUGGAGUCAUUGACCCAGUUCAGUUUGACGAUGGAAAGAAUCGUUGGAUUAUCUGGAAAGUUGAUGGUAACGCACUAGGCGGUAAGACUACUUGCACAGGCAGUUCAACGGGCGACACUUACAACCCGACUCCGAUCCGAGUCCAGAGAGUAUCGCGGGACGGAUUGACCCUUCAAGGUAGUCCCAAGACCAUUCUUAACCACAAUGGCGCGGCCGACGACGGACUUAUCGAAGGACCGGCGAUGUGGAAGCGUAAACCAGGCUCAUAUGUCCUGUUCUUCAGCACACACUGCUAUAACAGCGACAAGUACGAUAUCCAAUACGCGUGGGGAACUGCCCCCGACGCCGAGUUCGGUCAUCGUAAAACCCUCGCCAAAUCCGGACCUAAUCAACCUAUUUACGGCCCCGGUCAUAUGGACAUCGCAUCGGAUGGAACCACCAUCGCUUUCCACGGUCGCGACAAGCCGGGUAACCCUGCUGAUACGAAACGCCGCAUGUACAUUGGUAAAAUCAAAUUCCCUGCAGGCGAGUAUACCGAAGGGAUCAAAGUUAUCAAUUAUCAGGGUUGA